CAGCCAAAUGCUAAACAUGUCGCUCCGAAACUACCACAGACUACGUAUACCAUUAACACAAAUACAAAACCUCCAAGCAAAUAUACAAAAAUCCUGUUUAUGCGGGAAUAUUUAUUUAAAUAAGUACAAAUAUGAUAUAAAGCGGGUGCACUCCACACAUAGUGACCAUAGACAGAAGGCUGUGAUAGAAACUACUAGUGUCAUAGACAAGUUAAGUAUAGACAAGAGAGGUCUGGAGCUCUGGAGGGUGAAGAUAGACCCAUAUGUAAAGCUAGCAAGAUGGGACAGACCUAUAGGUGUCCACCUCCUCUACUGGCCAUGCUCCUGGUCCAUAGCGCUCGGUUCACUCCCCGGGACAGUGCCCUUAGAAACCUCAAUCAAGAUGGCGGGGCUGUUCCUGGUGGGUGCGGGGUUGAUGCGGGGAGCGGGGUGCACCAUCAACGACAUGUGGGACAGGGACAUUGAUGCUCAGGUGGAGCGUACCAAAGACCGCCCGCUGGUGUCCGGAGCCAUAUCCACGAAGCAGGCGGUGGGCUUCCUGGCUGUUCAGCUCUCGUUGGCUCUAGGAGUGUUGCUGCAGCUAAACUGCUACAGCGUGGCGCUCGGCGCUAGCAGCAUGUUGUUAGUAAUAACGUACCCGCUAGCGAAGCGUUUCACGAACUACCCGCAAAUCUUCCUGGGCGCCACGUUCAACUGGGGCGCUUUACUGGGCUACAGCGCCCUACAGGGCGCAAUAGACCCGGCGGUGUGCUUGCCGCUCUACUGCGGCGCUCUGGCGUGGACGGUGGUGUACGACACCAUCUAUGCGCACCAGGACAAAAUGGACGACGCGCGCAUAGGCAUGAAGUCCACCGCGCUCACGUUCGGCCCAGCCACCAAGCCGGCCCUCAGCGGAGCCCUGGCGCUCAGCGCCGGCUGCCUGCUGCUGGCGGGCGCCGGCGCGGCGCUCCAGUGGCCGUACCACGCCGCGGUGGGGGCCGCCACGCUCCAUGCGGCGAGGCAGAUAUACACCCUCAACCCGGACAACCCCACAGACUGCGCGAUCAAAUUCAAGUCAAACACUCUCAUUGGUUUAAUCAUCCUUCUAGGCAUUUUAGGAGGGGGUUAUACACAAUACAUAGACAACAGAGCGAGGCAUAGAGGUAAGGAGGACCUCAGUGUUGCCAGCAGCUGUUUAUUUGGGUAA